ACAAAAAAGGGUCUUUUUACAAUGUGUUUGCAGCAAAUAGUUGAUACAUUAGAUGCAGAUAUUCAUAAGGAGUUUGUUGAAUGGCUAUUAAAGAUUGGUGAAGGACGUAUUCCUGAAAUUACACAUGAUAGCGGCUAUAUUUCCUUACCAUCAGAUAUCGUACUUAAAAAUAACACACUCCAAGAAUUAAUCAACUUUGUAUAUCCAGAACUUCCAACAUGA